CUUAUAUAAGUAAUAGAAAACUAAACAAUUCAGAACUUGCUAAUAAUAGAAGAAAUAUAGAAAUUAGUAUUGCAGAAAUAGAAGAGACAGCAAUACAAAGAGUAGUUAAAGAUAAAAGAUUACAAAUAGAGUUAAGUAGAAUAGCUAGUGAACUUAAAGAAGAAAAAGUUUUAGAUAUUUACAUAGACAGGUCUA